AUGCCGGAUACAAUCGUCAUUCCAGCAGCGAGUGAUUUUCAUAUUCAUACGCGUCAGGAUGCUUUAAUGAAGAUGGUAGUUCCUUGCAUUGCUAAAGGUGGCGUCUCCCUAUGCUAUGUGAUGCCAAACCUUAAGCCACCGAUCACUAAGACAGAACAAGCACUCGCUUAUAAGGCUCAACUCGAAAGUCUAGCUCCGGACGUAACCUUUCUCAUGACCUUAUAUUUAAGUCCAGAGUUAACACCCGAAGAGAUUGUAAAAGCAAGCUCUCAUGGAGUCGUUGGCGUCAAAUCGUAUCCAAGAGGGGUAACAACAAAUUCAGAAUCUGGCAUAGAAUCAUAUACGGUUUAUUAUCCAGUCUUUCGAGCGAUGGAAGAAGUCGGAAUGACAUUGAACCUUCAUGGUGAACUUCCAAGCGACGUGGACCAAGAUACCUGCGUUAUGAAUGCCGAGGAAAAAUUCCUAGUGCACUUGCGGCAAUUGCACCAAGAUUUUCCAAAAUUGAAAAUAGUCUUGGAACACGCCACUACCAAAGCAGCUGUCGAAACGGUAAAGGCUCUAGGGGAUAAUGUUGGAUGUACCAUCACCAUACAUCACCUUCAACUGGUUGUCGAUGAUUGGGCAGGGCAAUGUCAUAAUUUUUGCAAACCGGUCGCCAAAUUUCCUCAUGAUCGUCAGGCUUUACGUGAUGUCAUUCUUGAAGAUCACCCACGUUUUUUUCUGGGAACUGAUUCGGCGCCGCACCCUUCUCAUCUAAAAGAAUGCGCUCACGCCUGCGCGGGUGUAUUCACAACUCCCUUGGCUAUCCCGUACCUCGCCACCAUAUUGGAUUCGUUUGGAGCAAUUGAUAAGUUGCGUGGUUUUGCAUGUGAGAAUGGAAAAAGGUUUUAUGAUAUCAAGGAGGAUGAAGGGAGAAUUCGUGAAAUCACCUUGGUCAAACAAUCAUUGUCUGUCCCAGAUGGUUAUUCGUUUGGCGAUCACCAGGAUUUGCGUCAAGGCACGGUUAUUCCAUUCUGGGCUGGAAAAGAUUUAACUUGGAGGAUUGUAAAUUAA